AUGCACGAUAGCGGAACUGGAGGCAGUCCGUCCCUCGGAAAUUUUGCCUUCUUUCCAUAUUCCGCCUGUCCUGACGAUGAUGUCGACCAAUGCGUAUUCCCAAAAAAGGAGCGAAAGAUACCCUACGUUGCGGAUUCCGUGGCAGCCAAACCGGGAUACUUCGCAAUCACCCUGUCGAGUGGUGUCAAAGCUGAAAUGACAACGGCUCAGCAUACAUCACUCUUCCGCUUCAAGUUUGCGACCCAGUCUAACAAUGGAACACACCCUCUGUUAUUGCUGGAUUUGACGGACUUGGCCGACUCGCGGCAGGACAAUGCGACCAUCUCUGUUGAUGCCCGUACUGGUAGAAUGACAGGUAGCUCUCGCUUCCUACCCAGCUUCGGAUCUGGCACAUGGACAGGGUACUUCUGCGCAGACUUCAAGGGAGCUGACAUCCAGGAUACGGGCAUCUUCUCCAACAGCCGUGCUAGUCCUUACAUAAAGGACCUGACAGUUUCCCGCUCAAUCAACAAUUACCCUCUGCCCGGGGGAGGCUUCAUCCGUUUCAAGACCAACCCAUCGGAGGGUGUACUUGCCAGAAUCGCGGUCAGUCUGAUCAGCAGCGAGCAAGCUUGCCAAAGCGCUGAGUCGGAGAUCUCUGACUUCGAUUUUGACAAAACUCGCAAGACUGCGGAAAAUGCAUGGAGAGAAAAGCUUUCCCCAAUCACCGUCAACAGCACUGGUGUCGAUCCAUCGCUGGUCACCAAUUUCUACUCGGGUAUCUACCGUACCAUGGUGAACCCACAGAACUACACCGGCGAAAACCCUCUAUGGACAUCAGCAGAACCGUACUUUGAUUCAUUCUACUGUCUUUGGGACAGCUUCCGUUCGCAGCUCCCCUUCUUAACCAUUAUUGACCCUGCAAGUAUGACCCAAAUGAUCCGUUCUCUAAUCGACACAUACGAACAUGAAGGCUGGCUCCCAGAUUGCCGGAUGUCACUCUGCAAAGGCUAUACACAGGGUGGAUCUAAUGCCGACGUAGUACUCACAGACGCCUACAUCAAAGGUCUGGAAGAUGGAAUCGACUGGGCGAAGGGUUACGAAGCCAUGGUCAAAGACGCUGAGGUCGAGCCUUUCGCAUGGUCCAACGAGGGUCGCGGCGGUCUCGACAGCUGGAAAUCGGUCGGCUACAUUCCGACACAAGAUUUCGACUACAAAGGCCACGGAACCAUGACACGCAGUGUAUCUCGCACUCUGGAGUACGCAUACAACGACUUUUGUAUCGCCCAGGUGGCCGCAGGCCUCGGGGACCACGCCACUGAUGUGGAGAAGUACAAGGAGCGCAGCAACAACUGGCAGAACUUGUACAACAAGGAUCAGAAGAGUUCAUUGUUCAAUGGAACUAAUACUGGAUUUACUGGCUUUUUCCAAGGACGCUACCGCAAUGGCACAUGGCAUAAUCAAGACCCACUGUGGUGCUCUACUAUCGAUCCCAACCAGAACCGCGUAUGUUCGCUGCAAAACACUGGCCAGGAGACGUUCGAAAGCAGUCUGUGGGAAUACGGCUUUUACGUCCCAGGUGAUCAGGCCCAAUUGAUCUCUCUCUACGGUGGGCCGGAUAACUUUGUGAAGAGGCUUAAUUAUCUCCACGACCAGAAUAUUACAUACAUUGGUAAUGAGACCUACGCGACUGACUUUCAACAGCCAUCUUUCUUAACAGUGUUCCAAUACCACUACGCCGGCCGUCCAGCUCUCUCAGCUUUGCGCUCACACUUCUACAUCCCCCGCUUCUUCAGCACGAAGAACGACGGACUGCCCGGCAACGACGACUCGGGCGCCAUGGGGUCUUUCGUGGCUAUGUCAAUGAUGGGUCUAUUCCCCAACCCCGGGCAAAACGUGUACCUGAUCACGCCUCCUUUCUUCCCCUCUGUAUCCAUCCGCUCGCCCAUCACCGGCAAGACCGCAACAGUCGUGACUGAGAAUUUCGACGCGAGUUAUGCGUCGAUUUACAUCCAGAAGGCUACUUUGGAUGGCGAGCCGUACACCAAGAAUUGGAUCGAUCAUAGCUUUUUUACAGAGGGCAAGCGCUUGGUGCUGACGCUGGGAGCUACGGAGAGUGCAUGGGGGACGAAGCUGGCGGAUCUGCCGCCUAGUCUGAGUGAAUACACAGGCAAUUCGACCGUCAAUGGAACUCUAGGUGUGCAGCGCUCGAAGCGGUGGGGUGCAGAGUCGCUGGACCUGAAUUCGGGGGUCAUGGGAGGUUGAAGUCGGCAUAGUAGUAUGCGAGAUACCUUGGCGAAUUCAACGAAAGCUUAGCUACGCUCGGCAAACCUGUUA